GUCAGCUCAGCCAAAGAGCUCAGUGAUAUCAUCGUAGUAUCCACGCGGCCCGGACAGCCAGGGACCAAAGCAAUCUUGGAGUGUACACCCCCAGAUAGCGACGACAGGGAGUCACAAGAAGACGAGACUGAGCAACCUGAGGAUCGACGGAAGACCUUGAUCACAGUGAACCUCAGCGCUCUUUCUAUGCCAGUGCAGGAUGAUGAUCCUUAUGAGGAUGAGGAGGAGGAAGACCAAGAGUCGGAUGAGCUUGUGGUGGUUGAAGACAAGCCUUAUAUUUCACACAAGCAAGCGCAGUCCGUGAGAUUGCUUGGGAUUUUAGAGAAUAUUGAGAGACGGGUCUGUUUUGCUCCUCGGGCCCCGCAUUUGACUUUGCCGCCAGGGGCGCCUGGCGCAAGCGAGCCUUCUCGGCCCAGGACUAGCCCUUUUUUGCCCUCAAGACCUGGAAGCAAGGAUGGCAAGACAAAGUGUCCCAAAGCUAUGCGGGCAGCGGCAUAUUAUUCUUCUCGUCCCACAACAGUGGGCACUGGGUCCGAUGCAGGCACGCGACCAGCUACAGUGGAUUCGAAGAAAAAUCAAACACCUGGAAUGACUCGAAUAACUUCACCUGUAAAACCUCAAUGGGACACAUCCUUCUACAGCAUGCAUCAGCGCCGCAUUCCAACCUAUGCAUCUCGGAUAGAAGCACUACUCAAGCCACAUUUAUCAAAGAUGUACUGCAAUCUACUGCAAUGA